GGCCAUUCCCACCAUGUCCUCUAGAGCUCAACUUGCGGAGAAGAUAGUGUCGCUUUUGAAGACCCUUCCCAAAGACAGAAUCAAACAUUAUGCUUCUUUCAAGGACUUGCAGCUUGAGAGGUUCCAGAAACCAGACGUCGUGAAACUGAUUCCAGAGCAAGACUUAAAGCUUCAGUACAUUUCCUUGUGUGACUUGGUCAACGACAAGUACAGGAACUACUAUAAGCUUGAUGAUAAGUUAUUGAAGCCCAAAGGCAACCCGCAAUACUACGAGCGGAUCUUAUCGGAGAUAAAGGGCGAGGGCAAGGAAACGUGGUUGAGUGCGAUGAGGACGGUUGUUUUCGGUAGGUGAUAUUUGUAUAUAGCAGACAUUUUAGCGAUACGAGGA